UUUGGCUUUACUUUAAUUUUCACUUUGGAAAAUAGUGACCACUGGCUUCUAAUGGUUUCUCUUCUCCCCAGUGUGUGAAUAUACACACACUUCUUUCAUAUGUGUGUAUGUGUGUGUGUGUGUGUAUGUUCUUGCGACACAUAUUUGAUGUGAUAAGAUGUGAAUAUAGAUUAGAUAUACACAUGGUGGGAGUGUGUGUGAUUGAGAUCUUGGCUGUGUUACUAAGUAUCUAUGUAUUUAUGGAGUUUGUGUAUGUUUUUAAGUAGGAGAGAGAAUUAAGAAGAUUUUUCUAUUACAGUUGUGUCAUAUUCUUAGUUAUAUAAAAAGGGUUGUAAGAUUCCAAGGUUUGAGCAAAAAGCUGUGUGUUGCUUAGGGUUUUGCUGCAGGUGCAAGAAGGGGGUCCAUGUUUAUACAUUAAUGGGUUGGCUGCUUCAAUCAAGGUAGGUGAAAGGCUUAACCCGUUUGAAGUUUUGUGGUGUCAUCAUUUAUUGCUGCUAUUGGAACAAUCAGUUGUUUGGGCUGUUCUUUUUUCCAUCUGAAAAUUGAAAGAAAUUGUCAGAAACAGACCACCUGCGGCUGCAGCUGUAUGCUUCUGAUGUCACAAUCUUGCUUUGAACAAAUCUGAGGGCUCAAGAUUUGAUCUUCUCUGAAGUGUUUUGAGGGGUUAUUAGCCCUUUUUGGUGAGAGUUUCAGGGGGGAGAAAUUGGGUGAUUUUUGGUUCAGAUAAUGAGUUGCCAUUGGUUUGUGUCUGUGUUGAGAUGAUUUGUUCGAAUGCAGAAAUGCAACGGCAGGGAAUGUUCUCUGGGCAUGCCCAUUUGAAAAUUUCUUGGAUUCAGCAUCAAAUCAGUCAGAAAGAUAAUGAUCUCUUGACAUACCCACCUCCUCUUUUCCCCUCACCACCUUCUUCAUAUGGUGUUAGUGGUAAUUUCCCCCAAGAAUCAAGCCCUUCUCCAUCUUCAUCAGGAACAAGAAUUAGUCCUGCUGUUCUCUUCAUUAUUGUGAUUUUGGCUGUUCUCUUCUUCAUAUCUGGUCUUCUCCACUUGCUUGUUAGAUUCUUGACCAAAACCUCAUCACCCUCUCAAGCUAAUAGGAAUUUGGAAGUUUCUACCUCUGAUGCCCUUCAAAGACAGCUGCAACAGCUCUUUCAUUUACAUGACUCUGGCCUGGAUCAAGCUUUUAUAGAUGCCUUACCAGUGUUCUCAUAUAAGGAGAUUGUGGGUCCUAAAGAACCCUUUGAUUGUGCUGUUUGUUUGUGUGAGUUCUCCGAAUUGGACCAAUUGAGAUUGCUUCCGAUGUGUAGCCACGCGUUUCAUAUGAACUGCAUUGAUACCUGGCUGCUGUCGAAUUCAACCUGUCCUCUCUGUAGGGGAACCCUUUUCAAUCAUGGAUUCUCGAUGGAAAACCCCAUUUUUGAUUAUGAUGAUUUCAGGGACGAAGAUGGCUGCCCUGGUUAUGGCGAGAAUGGAGUCUCUAAUGCUCAGAAGAGGGUGGAAAUCGAGGAAGUUGCUACAGAAAAGGGGGUGUUUCCUGUCAGGCUUGGUAAAUUCAGGAAAUUGAACGGUACGGAAGAGGAGGUAGGAGACGAGACUGGUAGUAGCAAACUGGAUGCAAGAAGGUGUUACUCGAUGGGCUCUUAUCAAUAUGUGGUUGGUGAUGCUAACCUUCGGGUGGCCUUGAGCCAAGACCAGACUAUUCGGGAUUUAAAUCUUGCGAAAGGGACAGAACAAGCUUGUAAUCCAGCUGAUGGGAUUGCAGAGGGGAAAAGAAUAUGUAACGGUACGAAGACCGAUAGCUAUUCCGUUUCCAAGAUUUGGUUGUGGUCGAAGAAGGAGAAAUUUGCAAGUUCUUCAGAAGCCCAAUUGGAGAAUCCAUCUCCUCCAAACAUGACCUUACCAUGGUUGCAUAGAUCGGAAGGCAUCUGAAAGGUAAUCAAGAGUCAUAGCUAGAAGCUAUCUUUCCAAUGCUGCAAAGAGCAGCAAGCAGUGCACUGGGACCAUCCAUGAAAGGUGCUUGACAAAAUUUCUUCCCGGUGAUGAGAGUUUCCCGUAUUCAAUUCCAGGGUCAGGGUGUUCUUCCCAUGUGCUGCUUUUUGUUUUUAUGCAUAAGGUUACAUAUUAGUAUACUUUCUUGUCAGGUACCUUCUCAAAUAAGAUUUCCAUUUUAUGUAUAUAUAUAUGAAAAUGAGAAAGCAAGAGUGAUAUUUGAUGAUUCCAUCAAAGAAUUACGUCU